UCGUGACAGCGCGAGCAGCGUCUGUCAACAAAGACUAUUUCACUGAAUAUAUAGCUUCAAGGCAUAUGCGUAGUCUGUGUCCACUUCUAAGUAUAUAAUAUCCAAAUAUGUGCAAAUAAUUGAACGCAUCUGGACAUUUAUAUCAAGAUGACCGAAGUGGAAGAUCAGAAGCGGAAAUCAAGUGACGAGUUCACAGAUGAAUCUGAGGAGGAAGACAGUGAGGAGGAGCCCAAACUAAAGUACGAGAGGCUCUCCAACGGUGUGACGGAGAUUCUCCAGAAAGAUGCAGCCAGCUGUAUGACCGUCCAUGACAAGUUUCUUGCCCUGGGCACUCAUUUUGGAAAGGUCUUCCUCCUGGACAUCCAAGGAAAUGUAACUCAGAAGUUUGAAAUUAGUUCGGUGAAGAUCAACCAGAUCAGCUUGGAUGAAAGUGGAGAGCAUGUGGGCAUCUGUUCGGAGGAUGGAAAGGUUCAAGUAUUUGGACUCUAUACAAGAGAGGGCUUCCACGAGAACUUUGACUGUCCUGUCAAAGUGGUGGCAUUGCAUCCUCAGUUUAGCAAAUCCAACUACAAGCAGUUUGUCACCGGAGGCAACAAGCUUCUUCUCUAUGAGAGAAACUGGUUAAACCGCUGGAAGACAUCUGUUCUGCAUGAGGGUGAGGGUACCAUCACCAAUAUCCAGUGGCGAGCUAAUCUCAUUGCCUGGGCCAACAAUGUGGGAGUCAAAAUCUAUGACAUCAGCACUAAGCAGAGGAUCACCAAUGUGCUGCGAGAUAAUGUUAGCCUAAGGCCUGACAUGUACCCAUGCAGCCUAUGUUGGAAAGAUAAUGCCACUCUCGUUGUUGGAUGGGGCGCCUCUAUUAAGAUAUGUGCAGUGAAAGAGCGGAAUCCCACUGAGAUGAGAGACCUACCCAGCCGCUAUGUGGAAAUAGUGUCUGCAUUUGACACCGAGUUCUUCAUCAGUGGCCUGGCGCCCCUGGCAGAUCAGCUGGUCACCUUGUAUUUCGUAAAGGAGAACGCGGAGCAUAUGGAUGAGGAGUUCCGAGCACGGCCUCGUCUUGACAUCAUCCAGCCCCUACCAGAGAGCUGUGAAGAGAUCUCCUCCGAUGCGCUGACUGUGCGCAACUUUCAAGACAACGAGUGUCGAGACUACAGACUCGAACAUUCAGAGGGAGAAUCCCUCUUCUACAUUAUCAGCCCAAAAGACAUUGUAGUGGCCAAGGAGCGAGACCAGGAUGACCAUAUUGACUGGCUGCUUGAAAAGAAGAAGUAUGAGGAGGCACUGAUGGCUGCAGAGAUCAGCUUCAAAAACAUCAAGCGACACGAGGUGCAGAAGAUUGGGAUGGCUUAUAUCAAUCACUUAGUGGAAAAAGGAGAUUAUGACACCGCUGCCAGGAAAUGUCAAAAGGUUCUUGGUAAGAACAUGGAAUUAUGGGAGAAUGAGGUGUACAGGUUCAAGACCAUUGGCCAGUUAAAGGCCAUCAGUCAGUACUUGCCCAGGGGGGACCUUCGUCUUAGGCCGGCAAUCUAUGAAAUGAUCUUGCAUGAAUUUCUCAAAACGGAUUGUGAGGGUUUUGCCACACUGAUCCGGGAAUGGCCAGGAGAGCUGUAUAAUAACAUGGCCAUUGUUCAGGCAGUCACAGACCACCUCAAGAAGGACCCGACUAACAGCACGCUUCUCACUACUUUGGCUGAACUGUACACAUAUGACCAGCGGUAUGACAGAGCGUUAGAAAUCUAUCUCAGACUGAGGCAUAAAGAUGUCUACCAACUGAUCCACAAACACAACCUCUUCUCAUCCAUAGAGGACAAGAUUGUGCUCCUGAUGGACUUUGAUAAAGAGAAAGCUGUCGAUAUGCUCCUUGAUAACGAAGACAAAAUAUCAACGGACAGAGUGGUGGAGGAGCUAGGGGACAGACCUGAGCUCUUGCAUGUGUACCUUCAUAAACUGUUCAAGCGGGACCAUCAUAAAGGCAAAAAGUACCAUGAAAGACAGAUCGGCCUCUAUGCUGAGUAUGAUCGACCUAAUCUCCUGCCUUUCCUCAGAGAUAGUACCCACUGCCCACUUGAGAAGGCUCUUGAGAUAUGUCAGCAGAGGAACUUUGUAGAGGAGACGGUCUUCCUGCUCAGCAGGAUGGGAAACUGCAGACGAGCUCUGCAGAUGAUCAUGGAGGAGCUGGGGGAUGUGGACAAGGCUAUUGAGUUUGCAAAAGAGCAGGAUGAUGCUGAGCUCUGGGAGGAUCUCAUCUCUUACUCCAUUGACAAGCCUCCAUUCAUUACUGGACUCCUUAACAAUAUUGGGACACAUGUGGAUCCCAUUCUGCUUAUUCAUCGUAUAAAAGAGGGCAUGGAAAUACCAAACCUCAGAGAUUCUCUUGUCAAAAUCCUUCAGGACUACAAUCUCCAGAUUCUUUUGCGAGAGGGGUGCAAAAAGAUCCUUGUGGCUGACUCACUAUCUCUGCUUCAGAAGAUGCACAGGACACAAAUGAAAGGAGUCAGGGUAGAUGAGGAGAACAUCUGUGAAUCGUGUCAUGCUACAAUAUUGCCCUCAGACAUGGCCAAGCCCUAUAGUAUGGUGGUAUUUCACUGCAGACACAUGUUUCACAAGGAGUGUUUGCCAUCUGCAGGAGCGAUUCCAGGGGUGCAAUUUUGUAAUAUCUGCAGUGCUAAGAGGAGAGGACCAGGAAGUGGAAUCCUGGAGAUGAAAAAGUAACAGGAGCUUUUGCUUACAUUGUACUGCGAUUGUUGUUGCUUUGUCUUACCGCCCUGACUGUCAGUCCUACGUAUCAUAUUUGCCCUCUCACUGAACUGUACAGCAAAAUGCAAAAACAAUUAUUUGGGAUCUGGAAUUGUAUAUUGAUAUCUAACAAUUGUGUAAUACAAUAUUUGUUCUUUUUGCUCGCUAGUAAUUAAGUUAACUGUUGAAAUAACUGCAUGCUGAGAAAUAAAAUGCUGUCAAAUAAAAGCAGACUGUUUCGUAUCUGGUCAAUAUGGCUUGCCUGUAGCAACCCAGUUGAUGU